AUGGUUCUCGAGCUCCAUAUCUGGGGCCCAGCCUUCUCCCUACCCUCAAUCGAUCCGCAUUGUCUUACCGCCAUUGCAUACUUAGCCCAGGCGUUACCUCGAGAUCAAUGGGUCCUCGUUGCGAGUUCUGAUGCCACAUUGAGUCCUACCAAGGAGCUACCGGUGCUUCAAGAUGGCUCGGCGACCAUUGGCGGCUUCGAGAACAUCGUGGACUAUCUACGCAAAAGGUCUGAUGGAGAUUGGGAUAUAGACCGGCAAUUUUCCAACCCAAAAGACAGGGCAGACGUCACCGCCUUCUCCUCCUUCCUUACCUCCCAAGCCCACCCCCUCCUCGAUCUCUCCCUCUAUGUCGCUAGCGAAAAUUACUCCAAAACCCGCACCGCCUACUCCUCAAUCCUCCAAUGGCCAACCCAAUACUUUGUUCCACCUCAGCGACGGACAAUCGCCAAAGCGCGGACCGAGCAUAUGGGCCUUUCGUCUCUAGACCUCGACACUCUAGAUGAGGAACGAAGAAGCAGCAGGAAAGCUGCGGAUCUCAUACCGCAAUCAUUACGGACGUCUCGGCCCACAGUGACGGGGCUGAUGAAGGAAAAGCAAUCGAGUGCCAGGUUCAAGUUGGAUGCGCUGGUGGAUGCGGCGUUCAAACCAUUGGAGCAACUUUUGGGAAAGAAGAAAUGGAUGUUGAGCGAUGAGAGAGCGUCGAGUCUGGAUUGUGUGGCGCUGGGAUAUCUUUCGUUGGCCUUUAUACCGGAAAUGCCGUUAUCGUGGCUUGCGGAGGGAUUGCGGGGGAGGUAUCCUGACUUGUGCAAAUACGUGGAAGACGGAGUCAAGGAGGUCUUUGGCGGGAAAGUAACGGUGGAGGAUGCGUUACUGAGCUCGACAGGAGAGCAGUCCGCCAUGAUUCAAGGAGAAAAUGAGAGUGGACUGCCUUGGAGAGCCCCCGAACAAAAUCUUAGCUCAGCAGGCGCAAGCAUCCUCAACAGCACGUUCGACUCAGUGCCCUUCUACAAACGCACCAUCGUCACCACCUCAUCUACCCAGCCACAACAUUCAACAGACGCACCACCACACUCGCUCACAUCGACACUUCUACCACCCUUGCUAGCAAGCGCCGGGGCGGUCGCAGCUAUAGCCAGCUACCUCCUCUACUCCAACCUUAGCAAGCAAGAGCCAGAGAAACGGAACUUAUCAGAUAUGGGCGAAGCGGGUGCUAUGUUUGCGGGAUUGGAUUUUGGGGAGCCGAAGAAAGAAGUCAGGGUUCCGCCAGCGGAGGGGAGGGUGCCGGUCGGGGUGGAGGUUGACAUUGAGGGUGUUGGGGAGAGAAGGGGUUUAUGA